AUGGGUGCCUACAAGUUCAUGCAGGAAUUGUAUCGUCACAAGCAGUCUGAUGUGAUGCGAUACCUUCUACGAUUGCGUUGUUGGGAAUACCGUCAGUGCAAUAAGACGAUUCGUGUUAGCCGCCCCUCACGUCCAGAUAAGGCUCGACGCCUUGGUUACAAGGCAAAACAGGGAUACGUUAUAUACCGCACUCGGGUCAGGAGGGGUGGGCGCAAGCGACCAGUGCCGAAAGGUGCCACCUACGGGAAACCGACGAAUGAGGGUGUCAACCAACUUAAAAAUCAACGUUCGAUUCAGGCGACUGCUGAGGAUCGCGUUGGACGGAAAUGCGGGUCUCUGCGCGUUUUGAAUUCCUACUGGGUUGGAGAGGACAGUACAUUCAAAUUCUUCGAGGUAAUUUGCGUCGAUCCAAACCACCCUGCAAUUCGUCGCGACCCUGCUAUUCGCUGGAUCUGCAAAGCUAACAAAAAACAUCGGGAGCAACGUGGUCUUACGUCUGCAACUCGAAAAUCUCGCGGCCUUGGAAAGGGUUAUGGUUAUAGCAAAACUAUCGGUGGGUCCCGGCAUGCUGCAUGGAAACGCAACAACUUGGUUCAAAUGAGACGAAGGCGCUGA